AGGCGCUUGAUUCACAUCUAAGAAAGUGUCGGAGAAAAUCGAGCGGAAUUUGUACCACUAACCUUUGCGAUUUUCAGAAGGAGCACUCAGGGCUGGACGAACAACAGUUUUUUUUUAAAUCUGGAAAACCAAGGUAAUAACAAUUAUAUUCUCGUCCUUACAAUAAGGAGCGUAAAAUUCAUCUGUGAAUCAGUAUUAUAGUUGCAGGACUGUUCUCCAGAAUGGCCUACUUGCUAAAUAGCCGAUUAUCGCAAUGGCCCAUUCUUUUCGUAACUCUCCUGUAUGUUUCCGAUUCGGCAUGUGGGAACAUUCGCUACACAAUUCCUGAAGAAUUAGAGCUCGGUGCCUUUGUUGGAAAUAUUGCCAAAGACCUCGGCUUAGAUGUUAAACAGCUAUUCGAGCGCAGCUUUCGGAUCGCCUCUGAAAACAAGAAAGACUAUUUAACCGUGAAUUUAAAAACUGGAAUUUUGCUGAUAAAGGAAAAAAUAGACAGAGAGCAGCUUUGUGAACAAGGCCUCAGUUGCAUGUUAAUGUUAGAGGCUGUGAUCGAGAAUCCGCUUGAGAUAUAUCGUAUUGAAGUUGACAUUCUCGACAUAAACGAUAAUGCGCCCGUUUUCCAGAGAAGCGAAGUUAACUUACAAAUAUCAGAAUCAACGCCAAUUGGAUUGUCCUUUCCACUCCAGAGUGCGCUUGAUCCGGACACUGGAACCAACAGUCUCCGCUCUUAUCAGCUGAGUCCAAAUGAGUACUUCAGUUUGAAAUCGCAGUCAGAGGACGGGCAAGCUGGCAUCCCCGUACUCGUGCUGGAGCGACACUUAGACCGAGAACAAGAGCCGACCCAUCGACUAACACUGACAGCGUUUGAUGGAGGGAACCCGAAGAGAUUCGGGACCACGCAGAUCAAAGUUACUGUGGUUGAUGCAAACGACAAUGCGCCAGUUUGCGAACAAAACAUCUAUCAAAUUACCACUGCAGAAAAUACACCCAAAGAUACUUUGAUUGUGAAAGUGACUGCAGUGGAUAUGGACGAAGGCCUGAACGGUGAGGUAGUCUAUUCUUUCAGUGAUCACACUCCUGAUAAAGUGAGUGAGCUAUUUAGCUUGGAUGCGACAACUGGAGAAAUCAGGUUAACGGGUAUCCUGGAUUUUGAAGAAACGGACAAUUAUCAGAUUUCGGUACAAGCCAGGGACAGAGGCCCAUAUCCGUUGGCAGUGUACUGUGAGAUUUUGCUAACGGUUACUAAUAUAAAUGAUAAUUCUCCUGAAAUAAUAACAACCUCAACGUCAAGCACGAUCUUUGAAAAUGCUUCGCUGGACACUGUAGUAGCUGUUUUAAGAAUUACAGACCGAGAUUCUGAAACCACAGCAGAUGUUCAUUGUACAAUCCCCAGAACUAUCCCGUUUAAGCUUACCACGUCUUUUAAUAACUAUUAUACAUUAGUCACUGAUGGUGGUAUAGACCGUGAAAAAGUGUCAGUGUACAACAUUACUAUUAUAUGUACGGAUGCAGGUACCCCUCCCCUGUCGGCUACGAAAACCAUCCGAGUUCUAGUCUCAGAUGCAAAUGACAACGCGCCACGUUUUACGCAACCUUCCUUUACUAUGCAUGUAUCAGAAAAUAAUGCUAUUGGCGCUUCAAUUGGUUCUGUGUCAGCCUUUGAUCCAGAUUCCAAUCAAAAUGCCGAACUGUCCUAUUCUAUUUUGGAUAGCCUGAUACACGGUUUGCCUGCAUCCACUUUCGUCUCGAUAAACGCAGUGAAUGGUAUGAUAUAUGCUCACCAAUCUUUUGAUUUUGAACAACUAACAAGUUUUGAAGUGCGUGUGGGAGUGAAUGAUGCUGGGUCCCCUCCACUAGGCAGCAAUGUAACCGUUAAUGUGAUCAUCAUGGACCAGAAUGACAACGCCCCUGUGAUUGUGUCACCUUUGCCAAUCAAAGGCUCCGCAGCUGAGGAAACAAUACCGACAUCGGCCGAACCAGGUUACUUGGUUGCCAAAGUGACAGCUACUGAUGCGGAUUCUGGUCUGAACGCUCAAAUAGUUUACCAACUCUAUGAGCCCACUGAUGAAAGCCUCUUCACUGUGGCUCCAGAAACAGGAGAAAUCUGGACUAUUCGCCACUUAACACAUAAAGAUUCAAUCCGAACAAAAGUCGUACUUUUGGUGAGGGACAAUGGAACCCCAUCACUUUCAUCUAUAAUCACUAUCAAUGUAUCGGUGCAGGAUGAUACAACAGAAAAUGCAUCAAAUCUUGGAAUGUUGGGGACCACUGGACCGUGGAAAUCGGAUUUGAAAUUUUAUCUCAUGAUUUUAUUUGGCACAACCUCAUUUGUUUUACUCGUGGCUAUUUUAUUCCUCGUUAUAAAUGUGUACCAGGGCAACAAAUAUAGUAAUAGUGGCUUUUGUUGUUGGAAUACGUCAUACCUUUCCCGGAGGAACUCGCGCCAUGGAAUUCAAAAGGCGAGUGUAAAUCUUCAGAUACCAACCAAUUAUAUGCAGCCGUAUGAAAGCGAGACCCUUCCACAGCAAUGUCACUAUGAUCCAGUUAUGAAUGAUUUAAUGUUUCUAAAGAUACAUGGAUCGGCUGCAUCCAUGGUUGAUCUCAGGAGUGGCACAUGUGUCGCUGCAGAACAUGGAAAGCCAAUUUCUCCGAGCAAGAACACAACUCUGGAGAAUGCCUGGAGGUGUAAAGCCAGAAGCUGUCAGGUUUAAGACUCAAGUGCCACCAUCACCCUCGCUGUCCUCCUGAACUCUGCUGCAGCUGUUCUUGCUGCGGUACCUGCCAUCAUGUAAUCCUUCCGUUCUUAUU